AUGCUUUGCUAUCAGUUCUUUUUGUUCCUUCUUUUGCCAUGGAUGGCUUCGGCUGGUCCGAUCUCUCGCUGGCUGUCUCAGUCAUUGGAGGCACCUAAGCCGACUUCUUUCCCCUUGCGGGAUAUCGAACGGCGUGAAGCUGGCGGUAUCACCGAAAUCACGCCUGUGCCAGCGCCUACCCAGAAACCGUUUACGUACGAGGAGCCAAUAUCAGAAGCCAACUACAACUCAAGACCCAACUACAACUCCAGACCCAACUACAACUACAACUCCAACUACAACUCAAGAGCCAACUACAACUCCAAACCCAACUACAACUCAAGAGCCAACUACAACUACAACUCCAAACCCAACUACAACUCAAGAGCCAACUACAACUACAACUCCAAACCCAACUACAACUCAAGAGCCAACUACAACUCCAGACCCAACUACAACUGCAACUCCAACUACAACUCAAGAGCCAACUACAACUCCAAACCCAACUACAACUCAAGAGCCAACUACAACUCCAGACCCAACUACAACUACAACUCCAACUACAACUCAAGAGCCAACUACAACUCCAAACCCAACUACAACUCAAGAGCCAACUACAACUACAACUCAAGAGCCAACUACAACUCCAGACCCAACUACAACUACAACUCCAACUACAACUCAAGAGCCAACUACAACUCCAAACCCAACUACAACUCAAGAGCCAACCACCACCUUCCAUGCGUCCACUACGACUCGGCGGUUCAUAUCCUCAUCCACAAACCCGGGACUGCUGCGCUCAUCGCCCAUAACUAUCCAGCCCAAUCUUCAUCGGCUACGCUUCUAGGUGGAGCAACCAGCAUCGAAGCUACCAAAGCCACACCAGCAAUCUUGACCUCUACGACCAUACAGCCAGCGACAGAACCGGUGCCUACAGUGCCCACAAGUAGCAGCCCAGCUGUUGGAGCUAUUGUACCUCCAGGAGGAGCAAGCAGCAGUAAUUCUUCCACGUCCACACUGGCGAUCCCAACCUCCAAUCCCAUCCAGCCAGCGAAGGCUACGCAGGCACAAUCUACACCACUACAGCUUCCCACGUCAGGAUCCAAGCCUGUGGUGACCGUAACCGAGCCUGUGAUCGUAUAUGUGACCAAAGGAGCACCAACUCCCUUCUCGACAAGCGUCAUCCAUCACACACCCAGUGUCAACAACUCAUCAGUGUCGUCAGCGAAGUCAACAGUACAAUCAUCUGUUGAACCAACAACUACAUCUUUGAAGUUUGUGACUAUCCAUUCCACUGCAACGUCUGUCGUUCGUGUGACUGUUUACCCAACAUCAUCAUCAUCAUCACCUGCUUCUUCAUCUUCGGUCUUGCCGUCCUCAACUGGGAGCGCUUCGGGUGUGAAUGCAGCGCCUAUAGAUACCACAACGUCAAUUGUUCCUGUGACUGUCAGCCCGAUAACACCAUCGUUACCUUCUGUGUCUUCGUUGUUGCCAUCCUCAAGUGAGAUUGCUCCUGUGGUGACAGCUCACGUCACUUCCACGAGUGUUGUUCUUUUGACCGUUUACCCGACUACAUCGUUACCUUCUUCUGUGUCUUCGUUGUUACCAUCCUCAAGUGAGAUUGCUUCUAUAGUGACAGUCCGUGUCACUUCAACAAGUGUUGUUCCAGUGACCGUUUACUCAAAAACAUCGCCAUCUGCUCCAUUGUUGCCGUCCCUAAGUGAGACUGCUCCACAUGAGACUCCUCCUGUUGUGACAGCCCACGUCACUUCCACACAAAUAGUUCGCGUGACCUUAGAUGGGUCAACUGCUACCCGAGGAGCGGAAACUACACAUGCAGCAGCUCCAACAUAUACCAUGGAUGCCAACAUCCCUACCACGACCUCCAAACCAGGUCAAGGCAUACUUACUGUGAAUCCGAUUACGCCGUCUGGCUUUAUCACGAUCACUGAGACCCAGACCGAGACCGAGAUCAAGACGGUGACAGAUCGCAUUACUGAGACUGUUACUGCCAUUGUUACUCGGAACUAG